GGGGUCGGCGUUUAGUUCGGCGCCGCGACUCGGGGACCUGGAGCUGACGCCUAGUACGUAUGAGGAAGAGCGGGGUGGGUGGCUGCCUGAGUCUGGAGGCGACGCCUCGCUUGUGCAGUCUGAACCUGCCCUUCUCAGCUGAGGGUGCUGAUAGCAAGGGGUGGGAGGCGGGCCCCGAGUCCCCAGCUGUGGUAAGUAGUAGCCUGGGCUCCCUUUCGGGGCAGGAGCGGAGCCUUGGGGUCUCUGGCGGCAAGACCCAGACCCUGCGGCUCCCUUCUUCAAGAGUGCCCAUCGUGGCCAGUCCUGUGCCGGGCAUUCCCAGGGAGAAAGGCCUGCGUCCCAGCCUCCUCCGGUGCCCCAUUUGGCCGAGGAGGCUGACUUGUUUCUGCCACUGAUUUUGCAGUUUUUGCUUAGGGCCUACUGUAUGCCCCCCUGAGAGAGACAGUGAUGGAGGAAAUUUCCGACUCCUUCUCCAGAUCACAGUCCUGUUGAGAAAUUUGAGACUCAUGCCCAUGAACGUGGUCAUUGCCUCAGUCGUCCUGCUGAUAUUUAUUUAGCAGCGCGUUGGGGGUACGUUGUGAACUGGACACGGUCCCUACUCUCAGGGCGUUUAAGUCUGGUGGGGAAAACGUUAAACAAUGACCUCACUAAUACAUGGAAAUGCCUCCUAGUGCUGCCUGAUGCUAUGAGUGCCUGAAAUAAGCAGGAAGGUUUUUCAGAGGAAAAGAUGCUUGCGCUGGUAGCUGCAGGAAGAAUUGUAAUUAAUUAGGUGAAGAGGUGAAGGCAGAACCUUCCAUAGAGAACUACUUGUUAAGAGCCCUGAGGCACUUGGGAGGAAAAUGACUAAAAGCACAAAGAGCCAUUGUGGCUGGUACAAGAGAAUGAAGGGAGUAUGGUACAAGAUGAAGCUGUACGUGAUAGCAGUCAGACCUUGCAGGAAUUUGUAGCUUUUAUUUUAAAACGGAUGAGAUACCACUGAGCUGUCUUCCCCCAGUGGGGUGUGGUGGAGGAGGGAGCUUGAUCCCUCAGCCUCAGUGGUGUGAACAGACUGGGGUUGGGGAAGCCCUAGUCGAUGUAUGUGGACCACUUAGGAUAUGCAGUAAUCCUGGUCAGAGAUAUCAGUGAGGACUGAGAUAUGGGUGGAACUGCAGAGAAUUGGACAGAUUCUAGAGGUAUAUAGGAGGUAAAAUGGGUGGGACUUGGUGAUGGGUUGAUUUUAGGGAGUGAAGAGAGGAAUCAAAGGUAACUCCUAGGUUUCUGGCUUAUGUAGUUGAAUAGAUGGUGGUACCAUUCACUCACUAUAACGGAAUCCCUCAAGCUGAAUAGGGAACACUAGAAGAUGAUUAGAGACCAGUUUUUUUUUUUUUUUUUUUUGAGACAGAUUCUUGCUCUGUCACCCAGGCUGGAGUGUGGUGGUGCAAUCUUGGCUCACUGCAACCUCCACCUCCCAGGUUCAAGCAGUUCUCCUGCCUUAGGCUCCCCAGUAGCUGGGGUUACAGGUGGAUCACCUUAGGUCAGGAGUUCGAGACCAUCCUGACCAAUAUGGUGAAACCCUGUCUCUACUAAAAAUACAAAAAUUAGCUGGACAUGGUGGUGUGUGUCUGUAAUCCCAGCUACUCGGGAGGCUGAGGCAGGAGAAUCGCUUGAACCUGGGAGGAGGUUGCAAUGAGCUAAGAUCGCGCCGUCGCACUCUAGCGUGGGUGACAAGAGCGAAACUCCGUCUCAAAAAAAAAAAGAAAAAAAAGGGUGGUUUCGUGGCAAGUGUGUGUGGCCCUUGGAAUGGCCUAAGAUUUGUCUCUUUCUUGCUAUGUGGUUUUGGACAAGUUAUUUCAUUCCUGUAAAAUAGGAUUACUUGCUUUGUAAAGGAGUUUUAAGGAUUGAAAGCAGGUUUAUAAAGUACCUUAUAUAUAAACAUCAAUCAAUAGCAUACUGUCUUGAUGAAUUAACAAUUUAAAUGGGGUAAAAUUAAAUACUUCACUAUUUUAGUAGACAAUUUCCAUGUGUGUUACACUGUGCUAGGCACUGGAGAUUUGGGGAGGAAGGAUAUGAUGGUGUGCAAGACAAAGGCAUGCUUACAAGAAUUCCACAUUCUACAAAGGGAGGAAAAAAAUGUCCCUAAAAAGGAUUUGAAUCCCAUCUCCGUCCUUCAUAUUUUGCAAUCUUGAGCAAGUUUACUUAGCUUCUCUUGUGCCCUCAUUUUUAAAAUGGCAAUGAUAAUUGCCUGUUUUAUGGGAUAGUCAAGAAGAAAAUUAUUGAGUGUCAUGAAGAUAAAAUUUUAAAAAGAAAAAUUAGUUAAGAGAAGUAAAGCUCUUAGAUUAAUACAUGGCAGAUAUGAAGCACUCAAAUAUUAGCUAUUAUAAGACUUUGAAGGGAUCUUAGGAAUAAUUGACUGAAAGAGUAGUGUCAGGUGGUAGAAUAAGUGCUGAUCCUGGGGUCUUGUACCAAUGUUGCUAACUGUGAGCAGCCUUUGUCAAAUCACUUGGCUUCGUUUUCAGUUGCAUAAGAGUAAUAGGUUUAAUUAUUUCCAUAAUUCCUUUAAGUUUUUACAUUUUCUGAGUUCACCUUUUGUGUUUUUCCUGGCAUUUUACUAUUCCUCUUUCCUGCUUUUGGCUGUUUUCUCAACAGGUCCAUGACUGGAAUUUGAAAGCAAGAAGCAUCUAUCUUACAUGGUCACUCUAGAAUUUGGUGGGAGGGCGAAAAGUUGGACCACCAGUUUGACAUUUGAAAGUGUCCUGGCCAGGACACUUGUAUUAGCUUUAAUAGAAGAGAAAUGGAGGAGCCAUAGAAUAUUAAGGAUGAAUUCAGGAAGGCCUGAGACCAUGGAAAACUUGCCUGCUCUCUACACUAUUUUCCAAGGAGAGGUUGCUAUGGUGACAGACUAUGGGGCCUUUAUCAAAAUCCCAGGCUGUCGGAAGCAAGGUCUGGUCCAUCGAACUCAUAUGUCAUCCUGUCGGGUGGAUAAGCCCUCUGAGAUAGUAGAUGUCGGAGAUAAAGUGUGGGUGAAGCUUAUUGGCCGAGAGAUGAAAAAUGAUAGGAUAAAAGUAUCCCUCUCCAUGAAAGUUGUCAAUCAAGGGACUGGGAAAGACCUUGAUCCCAACAAUGUUAUCAUUGAGCAAGAAGAGAGGCGGAGGCGAUCCUUCCAGGAUUACACUGGGCAGAAGAUCACCCUUGAGGCUGUCUUGAACACAACCUGCAAGAAGUGUGGCUGUAAAGGCCACUUUGCAAAAGAUUGUUUCAUGCAACCAGGUGGGACCAAAUACUCUCUGAUACCUGAUGAGGAAGAGGAAAAGGAAGAGGCAAAGUCAGCAGAGUUUGAGAAGCCUGACCCUACAAGGAAUCCUUCUAGAAAAAGAAAGAAGGAGAAGAAGAAAAAGAAACAUAGAGAUAGGAAGUCAUCUGACUCUGACAGCUCAGAUUCUGAGAGUGAUACAGGCAAGAGGGCAAGGCACACAUCAAAAGACAGCAAGGCAGCAAAGAAGAAGAAAAAGAAGAAGAAGCACAAGAAGAAGCACAAGGAGUGAGAGUAGAAAGAGUGUAGGGGGUGGUUGAGAGUAAGAAACCAGGAGCCUUGUGCCUUGAGACUCCUGGAAAGACUCAAUAGUGAGAAUAUAGCCUCCCACCCCAUUAACUUCGCUCCCAUGGGAGAUGGCUUCCCCUCAUGCAACAGGCAGGUUUGGGAGUUAGAGGUCAAAAGCAGCUGCCUGAAUGAGUUGUUGUUUCCUUAUCACUCCUGGUCCCUUUGCAAGUGAACCCUGCAGCUCACCCAUUCAUUCACCCAACUUCCUUCAUUCAGCAGGAGGUCCUAUUACCCUCUCCAGCUGCCACUGCCAGAGCUGGAUUCCUGUAAAGGAGUCCAGGCUAGAGCCACAGAGACUGUUGUGGAGGUGAGUUCGGCUGUAGUUAGUGAUUGGACCCUUCCUAUUGGUCUGUCCUGGGCCGAUUGGUGGGUGAUCUCUGCUGCAUCCAACAUGGGAGCAGAGACAGACUGGCAGCAGGAGGGGGGAACAUGGUGAGAAGUGGUGCUCACUUUUCCCAUUCCUCCUAACAUAGUUGUACUGUGCUAGAAGUGGCAUCCAGCGGCUACAGCUAGAAAACAGUCUGCAGUGUGACUUGUGUAUUGCAUUCCAGCAGACCACUGAACCAGAGAGCGAAGCCAAGAUCAUUGUUCUACUUUGUAUUUACUACUGUGUGAAUCAGUUGAUUCUACUUCAGGUCCUUGCUUAAAUUCCUGUCACUAAAUGGAAAUGUGUUUGGUUUUAAA